UAUGCUCAGACAGCUCUGCUGAGCGCUUGCGUGUCACUGGCUCUCUGUGCGGCGCACGUUACAGCAAUGGCGGGGAAGAGUUCCGUUAAUGAUUAAGCCCAUAUAUCCCAUAUUAAAUGUGUUCAUUGCAUUGAAUUCGAGAAGAACUGAACUGAAGUCCACCUAAGUGUGCCGACAGUGCCAGGACAGCAGAAGACUUCUUCACUAAAUCAUGGCUUUACCACGUGCGAUUGUUUGGCUGGGGGGUUGCAUGAAAUCUUUGGCAAGACGUCCUGCCCAGUCUUUAGCCCCUUGGUAUUCCGCGCGUGGAAUGACUUCUGCCAAACGCUGUCAGCACACAGCACCACAAUCCACAAGCUGUGCUUGGCAACUGCGAGAUGACUGCUUUGAGCUCCGGUAUGGUGGGUUAGUGAUGCACUUCGAUUACGUGUGGCUUCGUGAUCACUGUCGCUCAGCUUCCUGCUACAAUGCAAAAACCAAUCAGCGAAACCUGGACACCGCCAUUGUGGAACUGGCUAUCCGCCCCUCAAAAACAAGAGUGGAUGAAGAAUCCCUCUUCCUGACUUGGCCUGAUGGUCAUGUGACCCGAUUCAGCCUGGCCUGGCUGGCUGAGAACAGCUAUGAAGGGCAGAAGCAGAAUGCAGUCCAGCCACGCAUACUGUGGAACGCCGAGAUUUACACCAGUGCCAAAGUGCCUUCAGUCAGCUGUGAGAACUUCAUGAACUCUGAUCAAGAGCUGAAAAAAUUUCUGAAAGACUUCUUGCUUUAUGGCAUCGCUUUCGUGGAAGACGUGCCUGCAACUCUGGAAGCCACAGAGACAGUUGCUCAGCGAGUCAGUCUCAUCAGAGAGACCAUGUACGGUAGAGUGUGGAACUUCACCUCUGAUUUUUCCAGAGGGGACACUGCUUAUACUAAGCUUGCCUUGGAUCGUCACACAGAUACUUCUUAUUUCCAAGAACCAUGUGGGAUCCAGGUGUUUCAUUGUCUAAGACACGAAGGGACUGGUGGGAGGACUUUGCUUGUGGAUGGCUUUCAUGCAGCAGAUAAGGUUUUUCAGGAGACUCCAGACAACUUUGACCUGCUCACUAAAGUGCCCAUCAAACACGAAUAUAUUGAGAACGUGGGAGAGUAUCACAACCAUAUGAUUGGAAUUGGGCCAGUGCUCAAUGUCUACCCAUGGAACAAUGAGGUCUACAUGAUAAGGUACAAUAACUACGACCGGGCAGUAAUCAACACUGUUCCUCAUGAUGUGGUACAGCGCUGGUAUGUAGCACACCGAGCUCUCACCUCAGAGCUGAGAAAGCCUGAAAAUGAACUCUGGGUCAAGCUCAAGCCAGGAAAGGUUCUUUUCAUUGAUAAUUGGAGAGUUCUUCACGGUAGAGAAUCAUUCACAGGCCUGCGUCAACUGUGUGGCUGUUACCUCACCAGGGAUGAUGUUCUCAAUACAGCAAGAUCACUGGGACUCAAAGCCUAAGUCCCCCCAUCAAAAUUUCCAAAUGACAGCACUUACAGUACGAGCUUUAACAAACCAAAGCACUCCCUUAUCUUCACACUCACAUCCUAGAGAGUCGCGGCUUCUGCUGGCUUUUGUAAUGCCAGAGUGCUCAGGUUUUGAAUUAGUUUAACUGUUGAGUAAUUGGAUACAUAUAGUUUUUCUCUCCAGGUCUGCAAAUGUUUAAAUGCACCGUACAGUACCUGGAACAAAUUGCAUGUUUUAAUCAAUCACCUCAAGAAAGUAAUACAUACAAAUGUCUUUCUGCCUGAGAAAAUAAUACAUUUCCAUUUAAAACUAAAUCUAGAGACAUCUCUGCACUGUGGGGACUGACCUAAGAUCCCUGCCCUAAUCAAAAACUAGGCUAUACAUCUCAGCACUUUAACUGAUAAGAAAUAUCCAUCAAAAUAUCACUUGAAACAACACAGAAUUUCAAAUUUUUAUAAGUCUCAUUGUGUAAUGAUGAAAGCACUUGAAUGUCCAGAGGUCAGGUAGCUACAUGAAGAACUCCUUUAUCGCUUGCUUGCAGUAGAAUUUUCUAGAUUUGGGUAAGUGUAUCUGGAAAGCAAUAUUUAAAAAAGAGAAAAAAAAAGAUAUCCCAAGUGUCUGCUCUGAGACUAGACUGGUCUUUUUUAUUUUUGCUCAAUAAAAUUGAUUUUUUUAAUUAACAUUUUAAUGAAUGAGACCUACGGUAUAUGAAAUUUAUUUUAUUUUGUUUUUUUCAUUGUGCCUUACAUUGUAUUAAAAAUUGUGAACCGUCAUGUAAAACAUGCUAGACACUUCUGUCCAAUACAGCAUUUUAAGAUUCAUGAUUACUGGAAAGAAGUGAAAGAAGAAAUACUUUGUUCUUUUUUUGAAAAUAUUUUUCAUCUGUGAUAUGAAAGCUGUCUUCAUCAGGCAGAGUAAUCUGGAAUAAAGUAUUUCUGAGAAUUUUUAAAACACUAAAAAAAGCCAAUGCUGUUUUGACCUUUUUGCAUUACAAAAUCACAGAUUUUCCUCCUACGUACGUCACUGGGUCAUGAUUUCAUGUAUUUCUUAAGUGUAUGCUUCAUAUUCUAAAUAAAUCACAAACAGAAUGCCUGAAAAAUUCUAACAUUUCUUCCAGAAUCCAUGAAUUCAGAUUGCACUGUGGUAGCCAUUGCAGUCUAGCAGGUGAAAGCUUGUUCUCUUUCAAAGAUCGAAAACAGUCAUCACCAAUGGGGAUGUGCCAUGUCACUAAAAUUUGCUGGUCUAGUGUGCUGUAUCAAUCCAGAAUGUCCCUGCAACAUCACUCUGACCUGUCUGUUUUUCCUCUACAAUCCCAGUGAAAUUGUUUAAUCUGGGCCAUGGUUUGGAUUCUGCAGAUAACUGUUUACUUUCUGGAGCACUGCUGCCUUAUUAAUAUUGGGUUCUGUUUUUGUUUUUUGAACUCAUACGCCUUCUGUGUGGAGUCGGCAUGCUUUCCCCAUGUCGAUAUGGGUUCUACUUUCCUCCUAACUCUCUGAGACAUGCCGGCAAAUAUAAUUGGUAUUUCUAAAUUGUCCUUGUUUGCAAGUGACCCUGUGAAAGGCGGAUGUCCUGUCCAAGGUGUGGUCCUGCCUUGUGCCUUUUGCUUCCAGAUUAGACUUUGGGUAGGUGAGAAUGAGCAGCUGUCUGGUAAUUGGAGUUGGAUUUGCUGGACUAAGAUCAAGAGCACGAUUCUUUCCAUUCUCCAGGUUGAUAAUUACCAAUCUUUCUUUUGUUCUCGUAUUUGCUUUCCUUUUCUCUAUAACAGGCUUUCUACGUCAGACUUGAGCAUACUUCACCCAAGAGCUUUUUCUUGUAAAUAUGAGCUGGAUGCUCCGUUGUAGCUGUAGUACUCUACUCUUCUUCCACUUAACUAUUGUGUUGAAUCUGUCAAGUUGACCCUUGAUGACUCCUCUUGACUUUGACAUAGAUGGUUUUGUGACUACUGCAUGCACCCCUUGACUCAAGAAGUGCUAUUCUUCAAACCCUGCUUACUGACACUCCCUUUGCACUCACCUUAACCCUGCUGUCUUUUUCACCUGAAUAACACUGACUGUCUUUGACAGUGCCAAGAAUUAUUUUCAACUAAGGGCUAAUGGGAGUAUCUUGUCCAAGCUCCCUUCUUCCAAACUUGCCUUUGGUUUGGCAUUAAUUCAAUCAUGUGAUGCACACGUUUUUAUGCAUCCAUUGUCUAGUGAUUUUGUUAAAGAAAUAAGCAAAACAACAAGACAUGAGGAGGGGAAGAAUCUAUGAAGCUCCUUAAGCUUUCAGGUUUUUGUUUUUGCCCUCUGUGAAAUUUCAUCUUAAUUGACAUUGAAGCCCUUGUAUUUAUGUUGUUUUUUUUUAGCUGCUUGCUCACUACAGUAUGCUCCUGAGUCACAAUGCACCAGUUUACAGUGCUUUCAGGAUGACACCUAACCUGGCUUCUGAGUCUGGUUUUUUCAUAAAUUUGUGUUGUAUGAUACGGGUUCCUGCCAACUUAGGUAUGACCAACGCCUGUGCUUCCUGUCCCCAAGAGACAUACAGGACGUUUUCACCAGAGCACAAGCCAUUUCUGGUGUUCUCCUUGAUAGAACAUUCCUGGAUGAGAACUGCAUGACUCUUAUGUGGGUUUCUCCAUCUACAGUAUGUUACCAGGUUUUAUAAUCUCAAUACCAUAGAUGCUUUGACCUCUAUGAACCCCUCUGUCCCUGCUUCUUUUUGUCCCUGACAUUAACUAUUUAAUUAUUACACUUAUAUCCUUGGCUGACGUCCUUUCUUGAAAAGGAAUUAUAUUUUUUUUUACAUUCCAUAUUCUCGAGAUCACACUCUACUGGCCUCUGUUUCCUUCUAAAAAUGAAAUUGCAACAUCCUGGCUUCUGGAGAAAGAAGGAUGACCAAGAGUGACUUGCUCCAGUACAAUUGAAGUGAUUUUGGCAUAUUGUCUCAGCAAAACUCUGUGAAAUGGCACUUUCAAGUCUGUGAAGAAUCAAGGAAUCUUGUGUUUUUCUGUAUAUACAGUAUUACAUUUUAAUCAUCUGAAAUGCAAUCUCAGUUGCUUUUAAGAGCUAUUGGAAUAACUCGUUUAAAGGUUGUAUUCUGUCUCUUAUUUCUUAUCAACUGUGUUAAAGCUCAAAUUUUAAAAUAAAAAGCCACAUUAAACUUUUA